UUUAGUGAUUUAGUUCUAGUCUCUAGAUCUAGAUUCUAUACUAGAGUUAAAUUUAGCAUCUAGACUUGAAUGCGCUAUUCAAUCAUUUAUAAAUGCACUUUCACACAUAAUCGUAAAGAAAACAUGAAGGAAUAGAAUUUAAAGAGAUUUUGCACUGCUUCUCUACAAGGAACUGACAUGCCAAAUGAUACUGUGGUUCAAAGUUGAAACGACAGGUUUUGCGUUUUAUCUCUUUCUUCAGUGGAAGGCAGAUUAAUGCACUUUAUUUAAUAAGAAUGGAGAACUUUGUGUUGUAUGAAGAACUUGGGAAGGGAGAUCACUCAAUCAUAUAUAAAGGCAGACGAAAAGGAACUAUAAAUUUUGUUGCUAUUCAUUGUAUUGACAAAUGUAAAAGACCUGAGGUUACCAAUACUGUUCGCAUGACCCAUGAUAUUGAACAUGAAAACAUUGUAAAGUUCCAUGAAUGGUAUGAAACAAGCAAUCACCUGUGGCUGGUUGUGGAACUUUGCAAUGGUGGUAGCCUUGAAACUUUGAUUGCACAAGAUGGCUGCUUACCAGAAUCAACAGUGAGAUCCUUUGGUGUUCAGCUGGUGACAGGAUUACACUACAUUCACUCUUUAAAUGUUUUGUUUCAUGAUCUUCGUCCCAGCAAGAUAUUGCUAGACACAGCAGGUGUUUUAAAAUAUGCUGACUUUGGUCUGUCAAAAUGUGAAGGUGAAAAUCUGGAGGAAUUGUUUAUCAAGUUUGCUGAGGCCGGUGAACAAUGGAAUUCAUUGACCAUAGAGGAAAUGAUGAGAUAUAACAAGUGUUCAGGUUCUCUGGUGUACAUGGCCCCUGAACUCAUCCAAGGGGCACAACCUAAUGUGCUAAGUGAUCUUUGGUCCCUGGGCUGUGUGCUAUACCAAAUGUUUGCUGGUUAUCCUCCAUUUUAUGCUGAGUCUGAAGAGCACAUCAAAGACAGAGUUCUCAAUAAAGAUUUCUCGAUUCCAAAAGUUAAAGGAAUAAGAAUUUCUGCCAAACCUUCUCCUGAGUUUCUCAGUCUGUUACAAGGUUUAUUAAAAAAAGACCCAACACAGCGUAUGGGAUGGACAGAGCUGGUCAGUCACAGUUUCUGGCAGAAGGAGCUUGCAUCAUUUGCACAUGAGCUUUCUUCUGGUGCUUCAGUGGUCCGUUCUAGCACAGCCUCCGCCCUAGGUGUGUCCUCGGUGUUUGACCAUGGGGUCAGCUCGGUGUUAGGGCAGGUGAAGGGGCUGGACACCAGGCACAGUUUAGAGAGGCCGACACUUGACACAGUGGACAGUAGUAGACCAGCCACAGUGGUGGGCAUGAGUGAAUACCUGCGACCUAAGACUGCACCUGGGAUGGAAAGUGGGGGAAGUUUAUUUACACUAAGUGCUCGACCACACACAGCUGUUCCACCGGAUGAUAGAGUGACCUCCCCUUACAGGCCUGUCACAACAAGGGAAACAAUUGGCAGUACAACAGAUGGGGAAGCAACUCUGCAGGACACCAGCAGUGAACUUAAAAGAUUGAUAUUUCAUGACAGUGAUUUUGUUGUCACUCAGAUUGUUGAUAACCCAAAGAUACAAAAAAUAGUUCCAUGUAAAUUUGAUGUGAAGAUUCUCCCAGUGCCACCAUUUAGCGUUGAGAAGCUUGGUACAUUGUCAGAAAAAGAAAUAGAGAAGCAAGCCAAGGCUGUAAUUGAAAACAUCACCCAGACAGAGAAGGGCCCGCCAUCACAGAAAAGGAUUCACCUCCUCCACUACUUAAUAUGUGUGGCAUCCUGUAGGCAGCUCUCAACAGCAAUGGUACAACAUGGAUUGUUGGGGGCAAUAGCUAAACAGAUGAAAGAGUCUUCACAUGUAGAUAUACGGUUAAAAUUAGCAAGGGCCAUGGCUUUAGUUGCCCACUUCACGGAUCAUCUGGAUACAAGUGUCAAUAUUACAGAGUCCUUGACCACGUUGACUGAGUUGCUGAGAGAGAACCUGAAGAACACCAAGUUAAAACAAGGAUUACUCCCUGCACUUGGUGAACUCAUUGCACUGGUAUCUGCUCAGGAACAAAAGCAACAGGAGGCAGUAGAAUUGUGGACGGUGCCAUCUCUAGCUUACACCACAGUCAUCAGGGGAAUCAGGGAAGGGGAUGAACAAGUACUGAACCAUAUCUCAAGUAAAAUAAUUGAAACAGUUGUGUCUACUACUUCAUCUCAUGCACAGAAAUUUAUUACACAAGAUGUUUGUCAGUCAUUGUGGUAUCUCUUCAAACACUCAUCUCUAGAGGCAGUACGCAGUACAACAAUAUCUGCCCUCUGUCGGAUAACCUCCCAGAGCCCAUCCCUGUUCCAGUACCUGUUAGACUCUGGCGGCUUGACCCCAAUCAUGCAGGCACUGUCCAGUGGGGUGUCCAGAAUACAGCAGGCUGUCAUCACCAUGAUUGGUUCCUUCCUGGCCUCUGUUGGUUACUCCAGUAGGCUCUUUCAAGACAAGGAUUUCUGCUUGAAGAUAAUGCGAUGUUUUGAAAGCCCCUCGGCUGUGAUCAGAGCCAAAGGUUUUAUUGUGAUUUACCAGAUGGUGCAUGUUAACAGUGAGCUGCUGCUUAGCUGUUGUCAGGCCAGGCUCGUGAUGUAUAUUGAGAGAGACAGCAGACGCCAGACACCCAGAGCGCCUAAACCAGUCGAAGCCCAAGAUUACCUGACCCAGUGCCUUGAGCUGCUCAUAUCAGGAAUAGUCCAGCGCUUACCUUUAGUCAUGGAUGAAAUUUUGGAAUGCCUGGACCAGGUCGGAGGUCGCAAACAUCCCAGCACAGUCCAGAUUAAACAGAUUAAAUCCUCGCUACCUUUGAUCCCCAUAUUCAAUCACCUUGUGACUAGCCAGGUUUUCCGUGGAUUUAUAGUUAGCCCACAGUUCCUUACCCAAUAUGUCAAGCUGUUAGGUCAUGUUGUUAUGAUUGAGUCAGGGGAGACAAAUAUUGACUCAUCAUCUGCUACGAUAAGUGCAUCAGAAUUUGUGAGCUCAGCCCUGUCAGUUUUAGAAGGAAUCUCCCAGCAUCCAAACCUCCUGAUCCAGUACAAUGACAUCAUACUCAAAGACAUUCUUCCUCUGCUUACAUCACUUAUUGCCUGCCAAAAUGUGGACACCAAGGCCCAAGCCUUACAACUGUUUGGGGACAUGGCCUCAGUUUACCUGACACAGGACCAGUUUGGUAUAGAUGUCAAGGUCAACACAUCACAACUACACACAAUCAUACAGGAGAAACUUCUGCCCUUGUUCGAACCCAUACUUCUAGAUUUAGACCCACUACCAAGUUAUGCGCUAAAGCUGAUGCUAUCCUUCUUAGAACAUGACAGUCUAUUUAUAAAGCAGAUAGAGCAGCAGGGGCUAAUUAUUGUGAUUUUUCAAGUUUUAAUGGAUCACCAAAACAAUGUUCUUGGCCGAGUCAUGCAGGGUGUGGUGGCUGUCCUGAACUGUCUGGUCUGCCAUAAGGAGACAAAUAUGAGAGAACUUUAUGACCAAGGUCUGAUUGAUCACCUGACUAAUUUAUUCUUUGAGGUGUGGAACGCCGUGUGUGAGGGUGAAGAGGGUGGCAGAGAUGUGAAAACAGCAACAUCAAUGCUGCUGACUCUCUUAGACUCACUCAAUGCCAUCCUGCGUUACGUGUCUGAAGUUGUUCGCAGGGCUUUACAGGUGAAGAACAAAGGUGGAGAUGGUGCACACAAAGAGGCUGAGUUAGGGGAGCAGCUCCUGAUGAUCAACAAGUCUUUGACUGAUCUGACUUCACUACUCACUCAGCUGCUGUGCUAUGAAGAUAAUGAAAUUCAUGACCUGGCCUUAAAGUCUCUUUCGCUGUUGGUGCAGUUGUUUGGUGGUGAAAAUCGUGAUGCCAUGACAUCAGAAAAUAUGGAUUAUUACAGUAAAAUUCUCAAGUCAGCUGAGCCACGGAAGCAAAAGGUUUUACUAAGGGUUAUUAAAAGGAUACUAAGCACCAACAGCGUUCAUGUUGACUCAAUGAAAAAGCAUGGAGAUGUCCUGGCCAAAACAAUUCAGUCUUUGGCUAACACUGCCAGCUCCCAUGCUGAUAUAGCCUUGUCUACAGUUGCUGCGGAGAUACUCAAGAUGACAUCACAUCUUACCUGAUCAUGUGAAGCCUGGAAUAAAUUUACCUGUAGCUUUGUCAUUUCAAUUCUGUAUGACCUGUAUGAUGUUUGUGCAUUAUUUAUGUUAGAUGUCUCUGUAUGAUGAUUGUGCAUAAAUUACUUAAGAUGUAUGUUCGAAUCUUAAGUACAAAAGCAUAUGUAUUAUUUUUAACUGAUGAUGUCACAUAAAUAAAACUGUUGUUGGCACAUUUUUAUCACUUAAUGACAAAAAAUCUGUCCCGAUAUCUUAAUUUUGUUUUAAUUAAUAAUUCAUUCGUUUGUUCUCAUUUUGUAUAUAUGCUUUUAUUUAUUUAUUUUGAAAUGCUGAAUUUUAUCAUUUGAUAACUUACAAAUAUAAGUUAUGAAGACAUACUUAUUUAAGUUUAAACAUAAUUUAAUUGGGUAUUACAUAUUUUGUAAAGUUUAAUCUAAUUUUCAUUUUAUAAUGGUAAAUUUAAUUGUUCACCCUAUUUCUAAAUCUUAGAUAAUCUCAAUAUUUGUAUGCAGAUCUGUUAUGCUGGUAUUAGCUUAGUAUUUAAAAUUUUAUUUUAAUUUCAUAAAAUUUGUUUUUGUCAUGCAAUACUUAUGUAUUAGAUAUCAAACUUUUUAGUGUGUCAUUGUAAUUUAGCAUCAUUUAUUUAUCAAGUAAUCACAUCAUGCAGACACUGUGCUGAAUUAUUAACUCUAAAGUCAUGAGUUUGGCUUUUAUGCUAAAGUCCGUAGGACACCAUUGUACCUGAUGGGUACCUGACUUGACCAAGGAAAAAAAUAAAGGCAGCUGGGCAUAUGCCUACCACACAGUCCAUUCAUAAUCGUAUGCAGAGUUCAGAGAAAGAGGGACUCUUUUUCACCUACCCCAUUGGCUGUCUAGUCUGAAAUUUUCAUUUCAUCAUUAGACUCUUCACAUCAUCACACAUCUUAUUAUCAGACCCUCCUCAUCAUCACACAUCUAAUAGACCCUCCACAUCAUCACAUAUCUUAUUGUCAGACCCUCCACAUCAUCACACAUCUUAUUAUCUGACCCUCCACAUCAUCACAUAUCUUAUUAUCAGACCCUCCACAUCAUCACACAUCUAAUAGACCCUCCACAU